AGGAUGGAUGUCACUCGCCUACUCCUGGCCACUCUAGUGGGCUUCCUAUGCUUCCUUGCUGUCUACAGCCACCUGGUACCCAAGGAGACGCUCAGAGAUGACAGGAGUCUGAGUAGCAACUCCUCCAUGAAUUGCAAGGAUUUCUCUUCUGUUUCUGUUGUGGCACUGAACAAGAAAUCCAAGAAAAUCAGCAUACAGGAAGCCGAGAAGCAGAAGAGAUCCGAAGCCGAGAAGCGGAAGAGAUCAUCUAAGAAAAAGGCUUCGAUGAAGAAGGUGGCACGGCCCCCGCCACCCACGCCCUGCGUGGCCACCCGAGACAGCUGCAAGCCGCCUGCGCCCGCCUGCUGCGACCCGUGCGCCUCCUGCCAGUGCCGCUUCUUCCGCAGCGUCUGCUCCUGCCGCGUACUCAACCCCAACUGCUGA